AGAAGUUCCCAGGCGGCUGCCGAAGAUGGCGGAGGGGCAGGUCUUGAUCCUCGAUGGCCGAGGCCAUCUCCUGGGCCGCCUGGCGGCCAUCGUGGCCAAGCAGGUGCUGCUGGGCCGGAAGGUGGUGGUGGUGCGCUGUGAGGGCAUCAACAUUUCUGGCAACUUCUACCGGAACAAGCAGAAGUAUCUGGCCUUUCUCCGCAAGCGGAUGAACACCAACCCCUCCCGCGGCCCCUACCACUUCCGAGCCCCCAGCCGCAUCUUCUGGAGGACCGUGCGGGGGAUGCUGCCUCACAAGACCAAGCGGGGCCAGGCCGCCCUGGACCGGCUGAAGGUGUUUGACGGCAUCCCGCCCCCAUACGACAAGAAAAAGCGGAUGGUGGUGCCGGCUGCCCUCAAAGUCGUGCGUCUGAAGCCAACGAGGAAGUUUGCCUACCUGGGGCGCCUGGCUCACGAAGUGGGCUGGAAGUACCAGGCGGUGACGGCCACCCUGGAGGAGAAGCGCAAGGAGAAGGCCAAGAUGCAUUACCGCAGGAAGAAGCAGCUGAUGAGGCUACGGAAACAGGCCGAGAAGAACGACGAGAAGAAGAUCUGCAAGUUCACAGAGGUCCUUAAGACCCACGGACUCCUGGUCUGAGCCCAAUAAACUUGACUGUUUGCUCA